AUUUUUGAUAAUGAAAAGUUUUCCAAUAUAAGUUUUUGAAAUAUUUUUUCUAUAUAUUUAUAAUUUUUAUUCUAACCAUCUGUCAAGUGCCAACAAAUCAAAAAUGGCGGAUCAAUGUCCAGAAAAGAAGGAAAUUGAGCAGAUAUUUAAUAGAUUGCGUGCGAUUUCUGCGAAUAAAGUAUGUUUCGACUGCAACGCCAAAAAUCCUACGUGGGCAUCAGUAACAUAUGGCGUAUUCAUUUGCAUCGACUGUUCAGCUGUUCACAGGAGCCUGGGGGUCCAUUUAACUUUUGUUAGGUCUACACAGCUCGACACUAACUGGACCUGGCUUCAAAUGAGACAUAUGCAAAUGGGGGGCAAUGCAAAUGCUUCUCAAUUUUUCCGCCAACAUAACUGCAAUACGAAUGAUUCACAGCAGAAAUAUAAUUCUCGGGUGGCCUCGAUGUAUAGAGAUAAAUUGAGAAACUUAGCACAACAAGCAAUGAAUUUGUAUGGUACACAAACUUUUAUUGAUUCAAACAAUGAAACGGCACCUGUCGAAUCCAAAGAACCUGACUUUUUUGAUGGAAUUACAGAUGAUUUCAAUUCUAAUUUACCUGAAACAUUACAAGUAAUAAAAAAUGAUGUGUCAUUAAAACAGAAUUCUAAUUUAAAUGAAACACCAGCUGAACGGAAACCAACUAUUGGUGUGAGGAAAGUUCAGCCUAAGACUGGCUUGGGGGCAAAGAAAGGACUUGGUGCUACAAAAGUAUCUACAGAUUUUGCAGAAAUUGAAAAAGAAGCUAAUUUAUUGCAACAAAGAAGAACUGAGCACGCAGAAUCGUUUAAAAAAAGUGCUGAGCAAAGUAAAAAGGACGAUGAAGAAGCAAUGAUUAGUAUGAGACUAGCUUAUAAAGAUUUAUCUUUACAGCAAUCUAAAGAGGAAGAGCGCUUAAAAACAGUUGAUCCUAAAAAGGCCAAACAAGUAGAAAGGCUAGGAAUGGGAGUUUCAAAAGCAAGAUCUGGUGUUUCUCAUUCAGCUCUCAAUGAUAUGAAAACAAUUGAACAAGAAAACUUAGAUAACAGUCCCAAAUUUUCAAUGCCUAAGUCUUCAUUUGAAAAAGAAAGUGAUGGAUUUUUCGAUGAUUUUUCAUUUUCCUCAAAUAGCAUGUAUGAUAGAAGUGGUGAAAGACAAAUAC